AUGGCCACGUGCUGCCUGCAUUCAAAGUGGGCCCCUUUUGGGGUCUUUGGUCAGCUACUGGACGGCCUUCCGUCAAUGCAAGACUCUCGGCACUCCUCUCCCAGCAUCGAUCAACCGUCGGACUACAAGAGCAUUUUCUUCGGGGCUUACUCGCAGGGUCCGCUGGUUGGUCUCCGCGCACAGACGAGGAGAUACCCCAUGGUCAGCCGACUGCUGAACGCCGUGAUCUACACACUGUGUGGGGCGUACAGCCACUCCACGGUGUUUUUGGCUAGGAACCGCGCGAUGGGACUGCACUCGGACCCUCACAACCACAAAGAGGUGCCGAACGUCUUGAUCCCCCUCUCGGUCUUCGCUGGCGGCCAACUCUUCGUGGAGUCUGAGGAGGGCGACGUUUGCCUAGACAUGCAGAACAACAUUCGGGGACACAUGCAUCCCAUCACCCUCCCCUUUUUGGCGUUUGAUGCCCAAUAG